AUGUCCUUAGGCUCAAUCCUCGAAGUCAAAUACAUCUAUAUGAUGGCAUUCUGGAGGCCGUACCCUCCCGGAGAACCCUUCCACUAUGGGCUGUAUGUCAAGACGAAGCACGACGACGGCUUUCUCUACCAUGUAACUCAGUCGCCCAGCUGGUCAUUCCAGAUCGUGAAGGAUGCGGAUACACUGUCAUCCAGAAUAGCUGUCGCCGCCAUGAAGAUUGGUGUAGUGGACGACGCCAUAAACCACGAGGAUCUGGUUGAGCUAUUCGAAAGAGUCCCGAUGCUGCAGUCUCCUCGUUGCGCUCCGGGUGAGGAGUGGAGAUGCAAUCAUUGGACUCGGGAUGCAGUGGAGUUAUUAGCCCAGCAAGGGUGGGUGCAAUGCACUGAUGUCGACAAGCUCUGGAGAGACUUCCGGGAAGCCGCGCUGCCUCAUCGAGAUGCUUGUGCAGAAGGACGGGGUUCUAUCGAGGUUAUUGAUAAAAACAUGCCCCAGUGGCUCCAUUAG